AUGGAGGCAGUUAAUGCGGAGGCGAUUCUAGAGCGACGUCACGAGAUUCGCACGAGUCUGAGAGCUGUGGAGAACUCGCUGAGAGAAGCUGGAGCAGUCACAGACGGAUACAGCAGCGCGUACUGGUUAGAACCGCCCCAUGCUCAUGGGGAUAGUCGUCCUUUGGUCUCGCUCUUCUGUCGACAGGUUGAGCACGUUUCCAAAGCGACUUUGGCUCGUCUUGCAGCCCAUCGCUUUGAUUUCGAUCCCCCUGAUCCAGUUCGGUAUUAUUGGAGACUGACGCCUCUAGGUGAAGCCAAAUGUCGCCGGAUGUGGAGUCUGUUUGAUGAUGACCGGGACGGACAGUGGACCUACGUAGAGUUUUGCGAGUAUAUGGCAGCGUUAAAAUGCUCGACGAACUCGGUCGAGUUGAGAGCAUUUGAGGACAGCGCAGAGACGUGGAGGAUGUAUAUGAGUGAUAUGUGUGAGCUAAAUGAGGAAAGAAAGCUCACGUUCGAAGGCUUUAAACGGUACCGAGAGCUGAUUGAAGACGAGCAGCCACUGGAACGAGAUUUGACAACUUUAAAUAUUUCGCUGGAAUGGGAAGAGCUCGAGAGGGUGGAGAUAAUGAAGCAGCUCUUUGACGAGUAUGUUGAGGGUGAUCCGAUGGGUACAGUGACAGCUAGAGCAGCACAAUAUCUACUGGCGGAGGUUGGGAUUCCACUGACAAGUGAAGAGACGAUAGAAAUUGUAGAAAAAAGAUACCAACAUGCACGAUGUCAACGCUUUAUUCACCAGUUAAAGCGUACGUUGCGGCUGUUUGGAUAUCGGCAGAAGUCAGCAUUGCAGUUUACGACCGAAGGCCUCUCUAACAAGACUGGACACAAUGAGGAGCAACCUCGAAUCUGCAAGGUCGGACUGCUGAGUCUCGUGUUCUCGUCGUGGUCUCCAGCUGUGAAGACCUAUUGGCGGCGAUUCGUUUUGCAAUGCAGGUUACAGUCUUUCAGUGCCUUGAGACGACUCAAGCGACGAGUUCACUGGGUUUUCACAUGUGUGCGGAAAGUAGCAGCGACGGGGAUGCUCUCAGCGAGCUGUUUGCAGUCGCGUACGCCUGGAAGCGACCGCGGCGACUACAUGCUGAAAAUGGAGAUUGGACCCACGUUUGCUACAACUUCAAGUGUCCAUAUCACUUACAACUCGGAUGCCGAUUCUGCGGCUACACUGCAUGAGCUUAAUUAUCUCGAACGCGGUGCUGAGUGCUUCCUGUACAUUGAUGUAGCCUGUCGGAGCGGCAUGAAAGAAAGCGAUUCUCAUCUCCUGGUUGACCGGAUAACCUGGUUCAUUGGAGAAUAUUUCCGCGAUCAUAUCGAGUCUCUGCCAUGUUUUCAUCGCUGGUUUGUCUCGAUACCGACAAAGCAGCAGCUACGUUUGGGACCAACAAGCAGCAACGUUUCUGCGACACCCUCUGUGGUGAUUCGACUGGUUAUUCUGUUUACAGGCAAGAUGGAUCUGUACCACGUGAUGCAGUCGCUCGGGUUGCCUUCGUCGAUGCAGUUCGACCACCUUCUCCAGCGCUUUUCUCUACGCUUUCUAUGCAGCCACUCCCUGGAGGAUAUUCUGGUGACGAAGAACCUGAAUCUCGGAGCCCAAUGGUCUUGUCGAGCUCAAAUGGACGUGCGUUUGAACCGACAGGCUUGGGCUCAGAUCUUCUCUCAAGUGGCGUAUCAUCUCGACGCCGAGCUGACUCACGAGCAUGAAGAUGCCGAGAAAAUCUUCAGGAUCCGGAGCUUGUGGAGAGUAAAACUGAAACUCGUCGGCUUUCACUGA